GUUUCUAUACAGUUGCUCCAAUGACAGAGUUACCUGCACCCUUGUCCUACUUCCAGAAUGCACAGAUGUCCGAAGACAACCACCUGAGCAAUACUAAUGACAGUAGAGAUCGGCAGCGCCAUGAACACAAUGAGAGGCAGCGGCACGGCACCCCUGAGCCAUUAUCUAAUGGACAACCCCAGGGUAACACACGGCAGGUGGUGGAGCAAGAUGAAGAGGAAGACGAGGAGCUGACGUUGAAAUAUGGUGCCAAGCAUGUCAUCAUGCUCUUUGUUCCAGUGACUCUCUGCAUGGUGGUGGUAGUGGCUACCAUCAAAUCAGUCAGCUUUUACACGCGCAAGGAUGGGCAGCUCAUCUAUACACCAUUCACAGAAGAUACUGAGACUGUGGGCCAAAGAGCCCUGCAUUCGAUUCUGAACGCUGCCAUCAUGAUCAGCGUCAUUGUUGUCAUGACUAUCCUCUUGGUGGUUCUGUACAAAUACAGGUGCUAUAAGGUUAUCCAUGCCUGGCUUAUCAUUUCAUCUCUACUGUUGCUAUUCUUUUUCUCAUUCAUUUAUUUGGGGGAAGUGUUUAAAACGUAUAACGUUGCCAUGGACUACAUUACCGUUGCACUCCUGAUCUGGAAUUUUGGUGUGGUGGGAAUGAUUUCUAUCCACUGGAAAGGUCCACUUCGACUCCAGCAGGCAUAUCUCAUUAUGAUCAGUGCCCUCAUGGCCCUGGUGUUUAUCAAGUACCUCCCUGAAUGGACUGCGUGGCUCAUCUUGGCUGUGAUCUCAGUAUAUGAUUUAGUGGCUGUUUUGUGUCCAAAAGGCCCACUUCGUAUGCUGGUUGAAACAGCUCAGGAGAGAAAUGAAACUCUCUUUCCAGCUCUUAUUUACUCCUCAACAAUGAUGUGGCUGGUGAAUAUGGCGGAAGGAGACCCAGAAGCCCAAAGAAGAGUAUCCAAAAACUCAAAUUAUAAUGCGCAAAGUACAGAAAACGAGUCCCAAAACUCGGUUGCAGAGAAUGAUGAUGGAGGUUUCAGUGAAGAGUGGGAAGCCCAGAGGGAUAGUCACCUGGGGCCUCAUCGGUCUACAGCUGAAUCACGAGCUGCUGUACAGGAAAUUUCCAGCAACAUCCAACCUAGUGAGGAUCCAGAGGAGAGGGGAGUAAAACUUGGAUUGGGAGAUUUCAUUUUCUACAGUGUUCUGGUUGGUAAGGCCUCAGCAACAGCCAGUGGAGACUGGAACACAACCAUAGCCUGUUUUGUCGCCAUAUUAAUUGGUUUGUGCCUUACAUUAUUACUCCUCGCCAUUUUCAAGAAAGCAUUGCCAGCUCUUCCCAUCUCCAUCACCUUCGGGCUUGUUUUCUACUUUGCCACAGAUUACCUUGUGCAGCCCUUUAUGGACCAGUUAGCAUUCCACCAAUUUUAUAUUUAGCAUAUUUCCAAUUGGAAUC